AGACGCGAGCUUCAGUGCACUUUUUGAGCUGGCACCAAACUCUUGGUUGGCUUCCCCUUUGUCGCAACCAAAAGUCGUCCAACUAUCAAACUAGUAGUUGUCAAACAUGUCACCUCCCACUCGUACCGAGUUCUUGCGAUCUCGGUUCUAUCGUUGUGCCUUGGCCUUCGACAAGAGAAACGAUGAGCGCUUGAAGAACAUUCGUGAAUUCUUGGAAAAGGCGGACCAGAAGAACAAGCGCAGCCCUAGACCUGUCAGCAAGAAGAAAUACACUUCGACCUGGAAGAUUCCCGACGGCGACGACCGUGCCUACAAGGUGCGCAACAGCAAGGAGGACCAGGGCAUUCUUUCUGUGAACAAGGAGGAAGCUGAUUGGGUAUACGAUGAGUCGAAAGAUGAGUACGCUUUGUCUCUCGGGGGCAUCACUGUGAUGAAGAUUCCUUCGAGCAUUCACCUCCGCCUCAAGUCAUUCCAACGUGAUGCUGUGAAGUGGAUUGCAACCGCCGGACCAACUGGGGGCAUCCUCGCCGACGACAUGGGCAUGGGCAAAACUUUCAUGUCGAUUGCUGCAAUUGGUGCACGAAUGCGAGUUCAACGAAUCCGCAUGGUGUUGGUUGUGGCUCCCGUUUCGGUUCUGGGUGGCUGGACAGAGGAAUGCAACAAGUUCUUAUCCAAGUUUGUUAAGAAAGUGCGGAUUGUCAAAGUUCACGGCGGAGAGCAAAAGAAACGCCAGAAGGCUGUUCGAAACGCCUGGAAGAAAUCCUCCUACGAUCAGCCUCACGUCAUCAUAUCGUCUUGGGGUCUGGUUGCGUCCGCAAGGACCAUGAAAACAUUCCUUCCUCCGAGUGGGCAUAGUUGGGACUACGUUAUCUUGGACGAGGCCCACGAGGUCAAGAACCAUAAAUCGAAUCGGAGCAAGUGCUGCAGGCGAAUCUGCCACAAGCCAGGUACCAGCAGACUUUUGUUGACGGGCACUCCGUUUCAAAACAAUACAGAUGAACUUUGGAGCAUCGUGCACAUGGCAACCGCGGGCCAUGUUUUGGGCAAGCUCAAGGAGUUCAAUCUGAAAUGGGGCAAGCCGAUCCGAGAGGCCCGUUGUCGAAAUGCUUCGUCGAUGGCAAGGAAGAAAGGAUCCAAAGCCAAUGAAGAACUUCAAGGCACACUGAAGCCGUACGUACUCCGUCGCCUCAAGAUUGACUUUUUGUCGGAUGAACUUCCUCCAAAGCGCGAGAUUUGUGUCUGGGUCAAGCCGUCCCAUCAACAGAAACAAAUGUACAAGGAGGAGAUGGCCGGUUAUCUUGCCAAGGACAUUUGCCGCUGGGGUGCGCUUCAUGCGUUUCAAGUAAUGACCAAGUUUAGGAGCCUAUGCGGGCACCCACUGCUCCUUCUAAAGGGAGAUGCUGACAUUCGCAGUGCCUUGGAUCAAACCGACUUGAAGUCUCUGCUCAAGGGUAGCAGCAAGCUGGAACUUGUGUUGCACAUGAUCAAAGGAUUCCGAGCUGAUGGUCACAAGACAUUGCUGUUUUCUCAGAGAACAGGAACCUUGGAUAUCAUCCAGCGCGCCUUGAUGCUGCAGGACAACAACAUGUCCAUAUUUCGCCUUGAUGGGUCUUUUACGGAACGAUGUCGCAAAGACACGGUGGACUAUUUCCAACAAGGAAUGUCUGACGUCUUGCUCCUCUCGACUGGAGCUGGCGGUGUUGGGCUGACAUUGACAAGAGCAAGCCGCGUGAUCUUGUUUGAUCCUUCAUGGAACCCAUCCGAAGAUGCGCAGGUCGUCGACCGAGCCUACCGCAUUGGCCAGACCAAGGAAGUGUUUGUGUACCGUUUGUUUAUGGCCGGGAGUGUCGAGGAAAAGAUGUAUGAAAGACAAGUGGACAAGUCUGGCAUUGAGAAGACAAUCUUCACUGAAGGGAGCAUGGACGAGAUGCGGUUCUUUGACAGGCAUGAGAUGUGCAAGGUUUUUGACAUUCUUCCAGAUGGCAAUUGCGAAUUGUUGAAACGGUUCAAGACGGAGGGAGUCGCCCAGGUUACGGAUGCUCAUCGCCACGACCUUGUGCGAGCUCAUUCCAGUGUUGUAGGCAUCUCGAAUCACAGCACUAUUUACCGUCAGAAGCGCAAGAGCGCGUUUGCUGAUGCCCCGAGUAUCUCUGCGAAGCGUUUGAAACAAACAACGGAAACGGCUGAAGCCGACGGAACAGAGGCUACCCCAGCUGUUGUUAGCGACAUCGAAGGAUCUCCCACUGAAUGAUUCAACCUUCUUUGGAAUAGCUUGUCAUCAACACUAUUGUCGCGUAGGUACCACCAACCAGACCACCAGUAUCAUGUAUCAGGGACUUUCAUCUUCACAACUAUCAGUAACGCUGUACCGGUACGUGAUUUUAUUAAUGAUCAUCCACGAAGAUACCACAGCAAAAGCAGAACAUUGAGCUAUGUGGUACUGUACCUGGUACCGCGAAUAAAAACUUUUAAUUAAGUGACCAAUAAACAUUAUAUCUCUC